AUGCUACGCCCGAGGUUAAGGAUACCACUACGGCCGGGGGCCCUCCUCACGCCGGCGUUCUCGUCGUCGGCGACCACCAGCGCCGCCCUGCGGCCCAUGGCCUGCCGAGCGCGGGCAAUGCACUCGCUCACCCCCCUCACCUACGAUCUGAACGGCGAAGUACGGACGACUGGCCUCGGCAAGCUGCUGUCGGUCACUGCCUACAAUAUUGCGUGGUACCAGUACCAGUCACACCUUCUUGCGAAGUUGAAUGGUUUGAUAGCGGACACCGACUACCAAAGCCGCCACGUCAAAGACAUCAUGCUAAGCACCGCGCGCGACCCGGCCGAAGCCUCGACCUUCAACUACGCCAGCAUGAUCCACAACAACCACUUCUUCUUCAAGAACCUCUCCCCGACCCCCGACGUGCCCAUGCCCGACGCCCUCCGCCACGCUUUCGAAGCCUCCUUCGGCUCCCUCGAAACCCUCCGCCAGGAAAUGGUCUACACCGCCGCCGCCAUGUUCGGCCCGGGCUUCGUCUGGCUCGUCCGCACCAGCCACCCGGGCAUGCCCCACGCCUUCAAGGUCCUCACCACCUACGCUGCGGGGUCCCCCUACCCGGCCGCCCACUGGCGUCGUCAGGAUACCGACAUGAAUACCGCUGCGGGAGCGAACUCGGAGGCGGCUAUUGCGAAGAGCAGGGGGUGGUUUGCGAAUAGUGCUGCGGGGGCUGGGAACCCGAAUGUUAAUAACCCUGCGGAUGCGUACGCGCCGGGGGGGAUUAGUUUGCAGCCGAUUUUGUGUUUGAAUACGUGGGAACAUGUCUGGUUGUGGGAUUAUGGGUUUGGGACGAACGACCCGAGUCAGGGUAAAUUGGGGUUUGCGGAGCGGUGGUGGAAGUAUAUUAACUGGGAGACGGUGCUGCAGGAUGCGAAUAUCAACCGGAAGCAGAUGAGUACGGAUGUGGAUGGCGGUAGCGCGAGUGCUACUGGUGGUGCUGGUGCUGGUAGGGGUGGUGCUUCUCAGCCAGGGCCGGCGCCGGCGCAAUGA